CGUACUGCUUGCUGGCCGCUCUACCUCCGACGUAUUGCGCUAGCUGCCGCCUACUCAGUACGCCACGAAUCACCACAGAAAUUACCACGCAACCACCAAGGCACGCAGAACGCAGAACCUGGCAGUCCUCACAACCAUGCACGCACAGCGUCCACCAAAGCCGCGCAAGCGCAAGAAGUCACAGUUGUCGACAUCUCCGAAAGGAAGGCGUGCCCUUGCAUCUUGAGCAGGCAUCAUCACGGCCGGGUGAUGUCAUCGUGGCUGCAGUAAAGUUGAAAAGACGCGGCGCAGUCAGAGCGAAGGUCCAGGACCACAUGGAAGCUGGGAUGUUGCCGACCGACCGCCCCACAGCGCCCCACAGCGCGCGUAGUGCAGCACCCAGACCCUUCCAACAAGAAAGGGCCUAAUUUACGGGGGCAUGCUCAGGUGGGUUUAUUUUGUGGGCCUGGCCGGUAACCUCCUGGCCGGCGAGCACUACCUCACCGGCGCGGAGCAGGCGUACAACCUCGACACGUUCAGCUUCGCCUACCAGAAGCAGACCGGCCUCAUGCUCUACCACCCGCCGACCGCACUGGCACUGAAGCCCACGCGUAGGAUGGGCUCGCCGGGCUUCCAAGCCCGCCACACCGGACGCCCGGGCCGCACACUGCUGACCCUGCCCACUGCCGAAGAUGCCAGAGGCGCUGCUGACGGCGCCGCUGGCGGCGCCGCUAACGGCGCCGCUGGCGGCGGCGCCGCCGCCGCCGGCGGCGUCACCACGGGCAUUGUCCCACCCGUGGGCACCACGCAGCGAUCGCUCUCGCUCGCGCUCCAGCAGGCGUCAGCAUCGGGAAUCAGCAACCUGGUCGACGCCAUGGAGCACACCACAACCGGCAUGCGCCGCCACCUGGGGCAGGCCUCGCUGGCCAUCGAGCAGAUGUCGAGCACCAUGGUCAACCGUGACGCCGCGGGAUUCCAGCGUGCAGCUGCCAACGCCACGGACGCGCUCGACCAGGUGAACACCGCCCGCCACGGGAUCACCGCCAACUACUACCAGGUGGUGGCGGGUGAGACGGCGGCCACACAAGCCCACCGCACCCGCGCGACCGAGCUGGUGGACAUAGCGAACGACCUUGUGAUCUCCGCCGACGCCCUGCAGCUGACCUACGACGCCGCCAUCAGGCAGGCCAACAACAUCGCGGAGACGGAGCGGCAGAACCGCCUUAACCGCAUGCAGUCGGAGCUGGCAGACCUGCAGCGGACGCAGGAGCAACAGCGCGCACAGCAGCGGGCACAGCGCGCACUCGAGCAGCAGGAGCACGAGCAGCGGGAGCUCGCACAGCAACAGGAGCAGGGCGGACGCGAGCAGCAGGAACGCGUGCAGCCCGCCGUGGAUGAGGAGAUGGCCGCCACCACGGACGAGGAGAUGGCCGCACCCGCCUAGACACAUAGCAACAUGCCUGCAAACACUGACUGAAGCCACGUGGGCAGACAAUCGAGAAGCCAGGACCACAACGACGUAUAAGUCUCUAGGAAUGCAAGAGAAGAAAUGGGUAGCCGCGCAUGAGGCACGGGAACUAGCACAUGCAAUAGGGUUGGAGACGCGGAUAGGCAUUAGCGACGAAAUUGGAUGGACGCUACAUAGCGGUCAACUAACAACUAGCUGGCAUCACGACGGGUGCAACAUGACGGAUGGAGUGAGACAUGACGGAUGGAGUGAGACGAGACACGUGAGAGCAGCUGCGUUACUGACGUGCCGGCCCCUGGGCCUCGUAACCGUGUGUCUUGUAAUAACGAUCAUCC